AUGGUGUUGAGGAAGAAAUGUUGGACUAGCGGUCUCAGAAUGGUGUACAACCACUCUACGUGCAUUUUCAUGUUCAUCGAAGCCGGUGGUAUGAAAAAUCUAGUACGUUGUGCAACCAUAAUGUUUUUUUUACCGCUGUACUACACUUAUAGCUUUCUAUCAAAAAGAUUCGAAGUUCGACGAACGACAGACGAAAAUACUAAAGACGAAAAGCCUUCUUGUAUCCCAUUAUAUUUGAAGAAUCAAAAAAAUCUAUUUGCAAGGAAAUUAUUCCUCGAUUUGUUGAUACCACCAAAGUACGUUGACUUCUGUUAA